CGUCUGCUUGGUGUUUACAGUAAUUGCGUGUUGCGGAAAAUAAUAUUUACAUCAACAGAAUUAAUUAUGGUAUUUGUUUCUGGCGUCUUAAAUAAAUUGGAAAUAAACUCUGCUCGUCAAUUGUAUAAAUAUCUGAUACGGGAAUGCAAUAAACUGCCGAAAGACGCAUCACAAUUUUACAAGCAUUCCAUCAAGCAGAGCUAUAAACAACAUGUGUAUGAAACAGACCCAGAAAGAAUCCAACAAAUAAUAAGUCGGGCAUUAGAAGAUGCACAAUGGGUUAUGAAGAAGUACACUGGUGGAGGAAAGCAUUAACACUAAUGUAUGUUGCUUGAUUACUGACAGUGAGGUAGUACAGAAUCAAUGACAUAAGUAUAUCAGUAUUGCUUUUUGUAUUAAAACAAGCUAGAUAGAUUUACAAAGACUGCUGUUGGUGCUGUUUGUAAAGAAAAGAAUGGAGAUGGAGACAUCAACUGCCAAUAACCUUAAGCAAAAAAUUGAAGACAAUUCAGAAGAGAAUAAUCAGAAGUGGACAGUCAUAGAAACUGCAGAUCUUGAGAGUGUUGAUCAGUUCUGGUCUUCCAUUGAAAUUUUGAACAAAAACUUACAUAUUGUGCUGCCCCGUGUUUGUGGUUCAGUUCUUGCAUUUUCUGGCAAGUUACUAAGUCCCUUAAAUAAAAAAGCUAUUAAUUUCAAAAGUUUUGCAUCAUUUAAUCUUGGAGAAAAUGGAAAUGCUGUUGAUAUUCUGGAACAGUUGAAGGUCUGUGGAAUGGAUAUUGAAAUGAUAGAAGAUACUGAAAUUUAUGACGCAGAAGUUUGUUAUAUUACAGUGCAGAAGUUAAUUCUUAAUCUUCAAGGUAUUUCUACAAAUCUUUGGGUAUUAGCUAUUAUAGAUCAUAAAGAUAAUGAAGCCAUGUAUGUGCUUCUUCAAAGCCCAACUCAAGAGAGCACUUCUGCAAAAUUAAAAGUGCAGUCUGUUUUCCCAUUCAAAAUUUGCUAUAAAGAUUGCAGUAUAAGACUGAUGAAAGUGGAAAAUGAUAAACAAUGUGAUAGCUAUUGGCUUAAGAACACACUGCUCACAAAAUUGUUAAAGUGGGCCCAUUCAUUGCCAUCUUCAAAAACACCAGUUAAAUCUCUUUCAUUGAUUGGAAUUGAAGAGUAUGUCAAGCUUUAUCACACUCUCAAGGAGAAGUAUGGAUCUCAUAUGGUUAAGAUUUGGCCAGAAAGAACAGAUCCACAGAAAUUUGUUUAUGAAGAUGUGGCUAUAGCAACUUAUUUAUUGCUGUUGUGGCAAAAACAACAGGAGGAAGCUGGGAGACCACAAUGGAUGCAGAGUUUUGUUGAUCUUGGCUGUGGAAAUGGAUUGCUUGUGUAUAUAUUAAGUAGUGAAGGCCAUGUGGGUAAAGGCCUAGACAUUAGAAAAAGAUCCAUAUGGGAUGUUUAUCCUGAGUCCACAAAGCUCCAGGUUGACACUAUCACACCUUCAGAUAACUUCUUGUUUCCUGACACUGACUGGAUUAUUGGCAAUCAUUCUGAUGAACUAACACCCUGGAUUCCUGUAAUAGCUGCCAGAAGUUCUUACAAAUGCUGCUUCUUUUUACUACCAUGUUGUUUUUAUGACUUCACUGGCAACAAAUACCAGAGGCAGAACACUGAACUUAGCCAGUAUGCAGAUUACUUGGAAUAUCUAAAAUAUAUUUGUGAAGUUUGUGGUUUUAAAAUUCAGAUAGAUCGGCUGAAAAUACCAUCCACGAAAAGGAUUUGCCUUAUUGGGGCCAAACGAACUCACAUUGAAACAGAAAGUGACAUGAUUCACACAAAUAUUCUUCAGCUUCUAGAAAGUAAAAGUGAUAAAGGAAAAAAUGUAGGUGAAAAUGGUAGUUCUGAGUGGAUGUCAGGAUUUAAAGCACGUGAAUCUGUUGAGAGAGUUCGUAACUGUACUCAGCUAGACAGCGGACUGCGAGUCCAAAUUGUCACUAUGGUAACACAGCAUCUGCUUGCCAAACGCCGCUUACUUAAAGUCAUGACAGAUAAUGGUGAAGAAAAGAUGUGGAAUGCUGGUGGUGUUAUGAGCAUUGGUGAAAUAGCUGCAGCUAUACCCACCAGUCUAUUGCAACAAUUUAAGAAUGAAUGUGGAGGACUGCAAACAUUACUAAAAAACAGUCAUCAUAUAUUCUUUGUGCACAAUGGAAAUGUACAAUUUAGAACACCAGAAAAUGUGCACAACAAAACUGCAAAAAAUAAACACAGCAAAAGAAAAAAGGAAUCUUCUGUGUUAAAGCAUAAAAUUAAGCCAUGUUGGUUUCAUGAGAACCAUCCUGAUGGAUGCUUCCUCCCAGAUGAAAUAUGUACUUUUAAACACUAAUUGUGUUUCCAUAAUAACAUGGACUUUAAAUUCAUACUGAAUACUGAAGUAUGGUAAGUGAAUUCAGGAUCUGCAUUUUUGGUAAUAAAUGGGAGGCAAAGCUCUAUGAAUCUAAAUGAAGAGAAAAGAUACGUGUAAAGACUGUAAUAGAAGAGUUUUGAAGUAACUCUGUAGAGAAUAUGCAUUAGGGUGACAAAGUUUAACUUCGCUGAAAAUUUAAAUCCUGAGAAAACUGCUAAAGAGGACUCCAUAUGAUCAUAAAUAAUUAUUUUGCAGGGCAGAUUACUACGAUUCAUUUCACUCCAGAACAAAUGUGUUAAUUCCAGAAGUCACUUGAAAAUACAUGUUCUAUAAUUAUAGCAUGUAUUAUGUAAAUCUGAAUGUAGCAAAAACAUAUCUGUUCACAUGCUAUCUGUCAUUUUCCUUCAUAAUUUAUGUGAUAUUCUGAAGAAUGUAACCCAAGAAUAGAAUUCUGAAAUUAAGGGUGUGGACUGGUUUCUUGAUCAGUCAGCUAGUUUGAUUACAUUUUGCCAAAAUCUUUAUUUUCAUUUCCUACUGUUUUCCAUAUAUUUCUUGCCUCACACUGAAUGAUUGCUAGAAUCUUCUCUUUUUGUAUUUUCCUAUCUAACGACUAUGUAAGUAAAGAAACCUUUAUUAUAUGUUGUGUGUCACUCUUGUUUAUGCCAGCUUUCUGUCAUGUGAGGUUUGUAAAAGUAUGCUAGGCUGUGAAGAUAAUGAUUAUUAAAAGAAUGUAUUGUCUGUGCCAGAUGUAUUUUUAGAUAAAUACAGAUUAUUUUCACUGUA